CCUCGGCGGCGCCGACGGACCGGCAGGCGGCGGGCGGUCCGCGAGGGGGCGGCGGCGUCCGGGCUUUGUGGCCGCGGCGCGCGCGGCGGGGCCUGGCCGGCCGGGGGCGCGCCGCCGCCGCCGCCCGGCGCUCGGGAGCCCGCGGCCCUCCCGGCCGCCCUGCUUGCGAGAGGAGCCCAGGCCGCCCGCGCUCGCGCCUCGCCGGCCCCUCCCCCGGUCGCCGCGGCUGCCGCGCCGCCGCUGCAGGAUAGCUAGCGGCCAGGAGAAAUACAGUGGAAAAUGCAAAACAACGAAAUUAUAAAGCCUGCCAAAUACUUCUCAGAAUUGGAAAAGAGCAUCCUGCUGGCUUUAGUAGAAAAGUAUAAAUAUGUGCUGGAAUGUAAGAAAAGUGAUGCGCGAACUAUUGCCCUUAAGCAGCGUACCUGGCAGGCGCUGGCCCACGAAUACAACUCUCAGCCCAGCGUGUCCCUGCGGGAUUUCAAACAGCUGAAGAAGUGCUGGGAGAACAUCAAGGCUCGGACCAAAAAAAUUAUGGCCCAUGAAAGGAGAGAGAAAGUGAAAAGGAGCGUCAGCCCUCUCCUGAGUACCCACGUCCUAGGGAAGGAGAAGAUCGCCAGCAUGCUGCCGGAGCAGCUCUACUUCCUGCAGAGCCCCCCGGAGGAGGAGCCCGAAUACCACCCCGACGCCUCAGCCCAAGUUUUCUUUCAAGAAAGAAAAAGAAGCCUGGAAUUGUCAAUCAUCCUUUCUGGGACUUGGUAGGAAAAAGAAUCAUUUGCUGUUUCAAAUAGAGAACUGUGCGAUGAUGAGAAAGAGUUCAUACAUUUUCCAGUAUGUGAGGGGACCUCUCAACCUGAACCCUCGUGUUCAGCUGUCAGAAUAACAGCCAAUAAAAACUACAGGAGCAAAACCUCUCAGGAAGGUGCUUUAAAAAAGAUGCAUGAGGAAGAACACCAUCAACAAAUGUCCAUCUUACAACUGCAACUGAUACAAAUGAAUGAGGUGCAUGUGGCCAAAAUCCAGCAGAUAGAGCGAGAGUGUGAGAUGGCAGAGGAGGAACACAGGAUAAAAAUGGAAGUUCUCAAUAAAAAGAAGAUGUAUUGGGAAAGAAAACUACAAACUUUUACCAAGGAAUGGCCUGUUUCCUCAUUUAACCGGCCCUUUCCCAAUUCGCCCUAAGACUUUGGGGGUGGCUCUCUUGUAAUUAAUCUGUGUUGGCAAAGAAUGUCUGGAACAUGGACUUGGUGGUCAGUAACCUGUAACAGAGCUACAACUAGGAAAAUUAGAGUGGUAGUAGUCACUUAUUUAAGAAUUCAUUCAGGUAAACAGCUGCACCCUCUGUACCCCUUAAGUGGCAAAGAAGCUGUUAUAGUCUUCUGAAAAUUAUCACUAUGAGUGCUAUAAUUCUGAAUAUAAUGUCUCUUAAUUAGAAUUCAUACAAGAACCACGUGUGAGUGUUGUUGUUGUUGUUUUUUUUUUAAUCAAAUGCAAGUGUGACUAUAAAGGAGUGUGGCUGAUUUUUUUUUUUCUUUUUUCUUUUUAAACAGACAGCAGAACUUUUCUAUCCAAAUGAAUGCCGUCCCAUGGAAAGUGGCUGUCCUGGGAGGCUACACGUUUCUCCAAUGGUGAUGCUGUUGCUCAGAACUUGCUAGAGGUCUUUAGGGAACCUCCGUGAGAGCUGCAGCACCUUUUUAAUUUUCUCGGUGUCAUCCUCUGAGUAUGGAUUUUCUGUUUUUAAACAGCCCAAAGUUUAGAAGGGUAUUUUCUAAUGUGGCUCAUAAACCACCUUUUAAGGCCUUUCCUCAAACAGGAGUUCUAAAUAAGUCUCCAACAAUAGUAGUUUUGUUGGAGCUAAGGAUGUAACUACUUUGAGGGAGAAAUGUUCGUUUAGAUUUCUACAUUCUGUUAUGUUGGUUUUAUUAAAAAAAAAAAAGACUUGCAAUUU